CGGUAACUUUAAUGUAUAGGAGAUUGAUGAAUGAUUAAAAUAAAUUAUUUAAAUGAGAGAGAAUGAUUGGUUCUCUGGUCUUUAUUUCAUUGCGUACUUGGGUGGUUAUCUGUUUUAUUGCCACGAACAAGAAAUUCAGUAGUUAACGUUACACUCGCAAGUUUGGAGUUACAUGGGAAGACAUAAGCAUGACUCUAAACAUUGAAUUUGGAAUUUGAUAAAAUGAAAAUAACGAGGACAAAUCGACACAAACACAAUGGAGAACCAUAAUAAGGUGCUAAUGCUAAUGGUGUUUACUUUCUUCUUUUGCUUCAUGGCCAUGCCCACUUACUCUAAACAUAAAACUCUUACUACCAUUGCUUCAAAUCAGUUUAUGCAAUACAGUGAUACACUUGUUUCUGGAGAUGGAUUGUUUGAAGCAGGAUUUUUCAACUUUAGAGAUCCACUACGCCAAUACUUCGGUAUAUGGUACAAGAACAUAUCACCAAGGACUAUUGUGUGGGUUGCCAAUAGAAAUACGCCUGUACAAAACUCAACAGCGAUGCUGAAACUCAAUGGUCAGGGAACUCUUGUUAUUGUUGAUGGCUCCAAAGGCGUUAUCUGGUCCUCCAAUUCAUCAAGAAUUGUGGGAAAAUCAGUAUUGCAGUUGUUGGAUUCAGGAAACCUUGUUGUAAAAGAUGCAAAUAGCAGCAGUGAGGAUGAGGAGUUUUUGUGGGAAAGCUUUGAUUAUCCUGGUGACACGUUGCUUGCUGGAAUGAAGCUGAAAAGUAACUUAGUGACUGGUCCAUAUAGAUAUCUCACUUCUUGGAGAACCUCUGAAGAUCCUGCUGUAGGUGAGUUUUCGUAUAGGAUCGAUACUCAUGGUUUUCCUCAACAAGUUAUUGCAAAGGGAACAACAAUUAUGUAUAGAGGAGGGUCAUGGAAUGGAUAUGAGUUUUGGCAAAGAAUUAAUAGGGUCUUGAAUUACUCAUUUGUGAUUACUGACAAAGAAGUCACAUAUCAAUAUCAAACGUGGACCAAUUUCAUUAUUACUAGAUUUGUGCUAGAUACAUAUGGAACUCCACAACGUUUUAUAUGGUCGGAUUGGACACAAAAUUGGGAGGCUACAGCUACUCGUCCUAUAGACCAGUGUGAAGAGUAUGCCUGUUGUGGGAUCAACUCUAACUGCAAUAUUAAUGAAUCUCCAAUUUGUGAAUGCUUGGAAGGUUUCACGCCAAAAUUUCAAUCAAAAUGGAAGUCAUCGGAUUGGUCUGGCGGGUGUCUGAGGAGAACAAAAUUGAAUUGUCUCAAUGGAGAUGGAUUUUUGAAGUACACAAACAUGAAGUUGCCAGACACGUCGGCAUCAUGGUAUGACAAGAGCUUGAGCCUUCAGGAAUGUAAGACGACGUGUUUGAAAAAUUGUAAUUGCACUGCAUAUGCAAAUUUAGAUAUCAGAGAUGGUGGGAGUGGUUGCUUACUUUGGUUUGACAAUAUUUUGGACAUGAGAAAACAUCGAGACCAAGGACAAGACAUUUAUAUACGGCUAGCAUCUUCAGAACUUGAUCAUAAAAAGAAUAAGAGGAACUUGAAGCUUUCUGGGAUUUUUGCCGGGGUUAUUGCAUUUAUUAUAGGACUAGCCGUUCUCGUAUUGGUCACGUCAGCAUAUAGAAAGAAGCUUGGCCAUAUAAAAAAGUUAUUUCACUGGAAGCAGAAGAAGGAGAAUGAAGAUGAUGACUUGGCCACAAUAUUUGAUUUUUCAACCAUCACUAAUGCAACAAAUAACUUCUCUAUCAGAAACAAAUUGGGAGAAGGUGGUUUUGGACCAGUGUACAAGGGCAUAAUGAUAGAUGGCCAAGAGAUCGCCGUUAAGAGGCUUUCUAAAACAUCGGGACAAGGAAUUGAGGAGUUCAAAAAUGAAGUAAAGUUGAUGGCAACACUUCAACACCGUAAUCUUGUAAAACUUCUUGGUUGUUCUAUUCAACAAGAUGAAAAGAUGUUGAUCUAUGAAUUCAUGCCCAACAGAAGCUUGGAUUUCUUUAUUUUUGAUGCUAUGCGAAGCAAGUUACUUGAUUGGACUAAACGUUUGGAAAUUAUUAAUGGUAUUGCUCGGGGGCUUCUGUAUCUCCAUCAAGAUUCUACACUACGAAUCAUACAUAGAGAUCUCAAGACAAGCAACAUUCUUCUUGAUAUUGAUAUGAUCCCAAAGAUAUCAGAUUUUGGUUUAGCCAGAUCAUUUAUGGGAGACCAAGCCGAGGCUAAUACAAAUAGAGUGAUGGGAACCUAUGGAUACAUGCCUCCAGAAUAUGCUGUGCAUGGAUCAUUCUCAAUAAAAUCUGAUGUUUUUAGUUUUGGAGUCGUUGUGCUUGAAAUAAUUAGCGGCAGGAAGAAUCGCGGAUUUUGUGACCCUCUACAUCAUCUAAACCUCCUUGGUUAUGCAUGGAGACUAUGGAUUGAAGAAAGGGCAAAGGAGUUAAUAGCUGACAUAUCAUAUGAUGAGGCCAUAUGUUCAGAUAUAAUAAGAUUUAUUCAUGUGGGUUUAUUGUGUGUACAACAGAAAGCAGAAAAUAGGCCUAACAUGUCAUCUGUGGUUUUUAUGUUAAAGGGUGAGAAGUUACUCCCAACACCAAGUGAACCUGGGUUCUAUGCAGGAAGAGAUAACAAUACAAUCAGAACAGCAUCUUCUUCAAAAGUGUGUUCAAUAAAUGAAGCUUCAGUCUCAUUGUUAGAGGCCCGAUAGAAUGCCACUGUGACACUUAAAUGGAUGAAAUAUUGUUAAAAAUGCACUAAUAUUUGAAUAUGAAGAUAGAUCCCUCAAAGAAUGAACAUAGAUAGAUAGAUAGAUAGAUAGAUAGAUUAUAUAUGAGUCUAGAUAAGUUCCUUGAGUAAAAAGCAAUGUUCAAAAACUUGUUUGAAAGGAGAUGCCUUUUGUAUCUAGUAUUAUAAAUCAGAUCUUAUUGUAAAUUUUUCAAUGUAAUAUAAUUUUAAAGAGAAAGU